AUGCCGGGACCGGGGGAGCCCUGGGGGGCGGCAGAGCGUAGGCCGCUGCUGGCGAGCAAUACGCGAGGCCCCAGACGGUGGCGGCUAGCGGCAGGCGCCGUGAUACUGUUCGUGGAGAUGCUGGAACGCGCCGCCUACUUCGGGAUCUCGGCCAACCUGGUGUUGUACCUCAACAGCACCCACUUGAACUGGACCGGCCAGCAGGCCUCGUUCGCCGCGCUCAUCUUCCUGGGCGCCUCCUAUCUGCUGGCCCCCGUGGGAGGCUGGCUGGCCGACGUGUACCUGAGCCGAUACCUGGUCGUGGCGCUCAGCCUGCUGCUCUACCUGCUCUCCUCCAGCCUGUUGGCCGCCACCGCCUUCAAUGAUGGCCGCAGCUCCUUCUGCGGGGACAUGCCCGAGUUCCUGAUUGAGCACAGCAGCUGCCAGUCCACCUGGUCCAAGCCCUACUGCGCGCCUACGGUCUACAUGGUCCUGCUGUUGCUCGCCCUGGCAGCCAGCUCCAUCAGGACCAACCUUACGUCCUUUGGUGCCGACCAGGUGUUAUAUCUCGGCCGCAAUGCAACUCGCCGCUUCUUCAACUGGUUUUAUUGGAGCAUAAACCUGGGCGCUGUUCUGUCACUGCUGGUGGUGGCUUUUGUCCAGCAGAACAUCAGCUUCCUGUGGGGUUACACCAUCGUCGUGAGCUGUGUGGGCCUGGCCCUCUUCCUCUUCCUCUUUGCCACCCCUGUCUUCAUCACCAAGGCCCCCACAGGCAGCCAAGUGUCAACUAUGCUUAAGCUUGCACUUCAGAAUUGCUGCCCGCAGCUAUGUCGCCGAUAUGCUGCCAGAGACCCACGAGGUGCUCAACUACUCCCUGACCAGAGGUAUCCCCAGCCUGGCCCUUCUCCCCAAGAGGACAUCGCUAACUUCCAGGUGCUGAUGAAGAUCUUGCCUGUCAUGCUGACCCUGGUGCCAUAUUGGAUGGUAUACUUCCAGAUGCAGACCACGUAUGUCCUACAGGGUCUUCACCUGCACAUCCCCAUUUUCCCAGCCAGCCCGACCAACGGCUCCAUGGCUCUACAUACCCAGCACAACUACACGAUUCCAGAAGCCUGGCUCCUCCUGGCUAAUAUUGUGGUCGUGCUGAUCCUGGUCCCACUGAAGGACCACUUGCUGGACCCUUUCCUGCUGCGGCACAAGCUGCUUCCCUCGCCUCUGAAGAAGAUGGCACUGGGAAUGUUCUUUGGCGUUACCUCCGUCAUUGUAGCUGGCAUCCUGGAGAUGGAGCGAUUACAGUACAUCGACCAGGAAAAGAUAGUGAUCCAGAAGAUUGGACAGGUCACAUACAACGCGGCAUCACUGCCCAUCUGGUGGCAGAUCCCUCAGUACCUGCUUAUUGGGAUCAGCGAGAUUUUUGCCAGCAUCCCAGGCCUGGAGUUUGCCUACUCAGAGGCCCCACGCUCCAUGAAGGGCGCCAUCAUGGGCAUCUUCUUCUGUCUGUCUGGGGUGGGCUCGCUGCUGGGCUCCAGCCUGGUAGCCCUACUGUCCCUGCCGGGGGGCUGGUUACACUGCCACAAGGACCUUGGGAACAUCAACAAUUGCCGGAUGGACUACUACUUCUUCCUGCUGGCUGGUAUCCAGGCUGCCACAUUCCUCCUAUUUCUUUGGAUUUCUGGCCACUAUGAACAGGCGGUUCAGGACCGAGCCUCGCAAACCUAUACCAGCAGGGACAGGGGCUGA